AUGGCGGUGGAGGCUCUAGCAGACACAGCAGCAGCAGCAGCAGCAGCAGAAGUGCUCGAGCCAGACCCUGAUGAAAUUCUGCGGCAGCGAGCAGCAGAGCUGCUGAAAGAUGAAUUACAUGAAUUAGGUUUGUCUUUGUCUUUUUAUAAGAGCAAGCUAGCUCCUCCCCCCAAACCAGCAGCAGCAGCAGCAGCAGCAGCAGCAGCAGCAGCAGCAGGAGCAGAAGGAGCAGCAGCAGCAGGAGGAGGAGGGGAUGGUGCAGCAGCAGGUGCAGCAGAUGGAGCAGCUGCAGCACCAACCGCAGCAGCAGAUGGAACUGCAGCAGCAGCAGCAGACACAGCAGCAGACACAGCAGCAGCAGCAGCAGCAGCAGCAGCAGAAGUGCUCGAGCCAGACCCUGAUGAAAUUUUGCGGCAGCGAGCAGCAGAGCUGCUGAAAGAUGAAUUACAUGAAUUAGGUUUGUCUUUGUCUUUUUAUCUACUAUAG